AUGUCCGACCACUUCCCAAUGGAGGAGAACUUGCAAAAGGUCAUGUCUGCUAUAGAAAACGUAGCCGAGUCCCUUCAUGACUCACAAGAUUCAUCGCGAGAUUCUUCUGACCAGGAACCGGAAGUGGCACAUGAACCUAUCCAGGAGCGAUAUGAGAACCCGUCAUAUUCUCGUUUCCGCAAGGUCGCUUCGAAGACCGUUGUCUCUUUUGGUGUGAAUGAUCCGGAGAAUCCAGUCAACUGGAAAAAGUCAAGGAAAUUCCUGGUUCUUGCCGCAGGUGUCAUGCAGGUCAUGAACAGCACUAUCGGCUCGUCCAUUUGCAGUAAUGCCAUCCCUCAAAUCGCCGAGGAGUUCAACAUCACCAAUCAAGAGGCAUUAGUCCUCCCUAUUUCCAUUUUCCUGAUCGGCUACGUCGUCGGACCCUUGAUCUGGGGUCCUAGCUCUGAGUACUUUGGCCGCAAGAAACCCAUGCUUGUGUCGUACUGCGGGUUCAUGAUCUUCACAAUGGCAUGCGCUGUGGCCAAUUCGUAUGCUUCAUUGCUUAUUUUCCGAUUGUUUAACGGAAUGAUGGCAUCUGCACCAAUCGCUACAACUGGUGGACUGUUCGCCGAUGUCCACGAUAAUCCAACGCUACGUGGUCGCUUGAUGGCUUAUUACAUGGCGUGUACCACAUUUGGGCCCAUCAUCGGUCCCUGGGUUUUCCGGAUUCAGACAUAUGGACCUGUUGUCCUGACAAAACGUGCGAAGAAGUUGCGCAAGGAUACUGGAAAUUCAAACAUCGUCUCGCCUUUGGAGCUGCAAAGCCGCAAUCUUCGACAAUUGCUCUUCCUUACGAUGACACGACCAUUUCGAAUGCUUCUUCAUGAAUCAAUUGUCUCUUUGACUUCGCUGUACCUCGCGCUCGCAUACGCCAUAUUUUACCUCUAUUUCGAGGCUUACCCGAUCAUCUUCCAAGGGAUCUACGGGAUGAGUGCUGGCAUUGCCGGUUUGAUGUUCUUGCCCAUUGGCGUGGGAGCAGUCCUUGCUUGUUUCGUCUUCAUCUGGUACGAUGGCUUCCUUGCCCGCGCAAAGGCUCGCGACGCGAAAUGGGCGAGUAUUGAAGAGUAUCGAAGACUACCUCUUGCCUGUAUCGGAGGUCCAUUGUAUGUAAUCUCCCUGUUCUGGGUAGGAUGGACAUCAUCAUCGAAUAUUCACUGGGUCGUCCCGUUCCUCUCCGGUAUUCCGUUCGGAAUGGGCUACCUACUGAUCUUUAUGGCCAUGUUGAACUACCUCACCGAUGCCUAUGAGACUUUGUCUGCGAGUGCCCAAUCAGCGGCUAGCUGCACACGAAGCAUCUUCGGCGCCGUCAUUCCUCUUGCUGCGAAGCCGAUGUUCAAUCGACUUGGCGUGAAUUGGGCAUGCAGUCUGAUUGCAUUCCUCAGCCUGGGCGUGUCGAUUAUCCCCUUUGCUUUCAUCCGCUAUGGCGACCGUAUCCGUGCCAAUAGCAAGUUCUGUCAGGAACUGAAGCGUAUCAAAGAGGAAGAGCGGGAACAUUUCGAGCGAGAGGAGCGCCUUGGUAACGAUUCUGAUAACCUGCAACCUAUUCCCUCUGUCAAUACCGGCCAAGCCACCAUGACAAGAGUAGAUACUGCGCAGACGGAGAAAUCGGCUAUCAUUUAUUGA